AUGACCCCAAAGAAGUCGAAGAAGGAAGAGGAGGACGUUAGGGCGCACCUCGCAGCCCCGCAUGUGGAGUCUUACAACUAUUUCCUUACCGAGGGUCUUUCAGCAGCAGUCCAGCGUCUCCUCCCUGUUUGUGUUGGACCAGGAGAAGGAGGGCUCAGAAUCUUCUGCUCCAUCACCAGCGUCAGGCUGUCCAGCCCCGUCAAGCCUGACGACUGUGCUGAUCGUCGACUGUUACCCAAGGAAUGCAGAGAGCUACGGCUGACGUACAAGGCGCCGCUGUACGCCACCAUCGCCGUGAGGCUGGAGGGAGCUGAGCCGAUCGAGAUCGACCGCAAGCUCGGGGAGCUGCCGAUCAUGACGCGAUCACAGCGUUGCCACUUGCAAGGGAUGAGCCAGAAGCAGCUGAUGCAGCACGGAGAGGAGCCGUUCGAGUUCGGGGGCUACUUCAUCGCCAACGGCAACGAGAAGGUUAUCCGCCUGCUCAGCUUGAUGAGGAGGAACUACCCCAUGGCCCUGAUCCGCCCGAGCUUCACCAAGAGAGGAAGCUCCUAUACCAAGUUUGGCUGCAUGAUGCGUUGUGUAAGGGAGGACCAGUCUGGCUCGACCCUCACCCUCCACUACCUGUCAACCGGGAACUGCACGCUGAGCGUCAAGAUCAGGAAGCAAGAGUACCUGAUCCCCGCAGUCAUGAUUCUCAAGGCCAUGACCGGGAGCUCCGACGAGCAGAUCUUCACCAACGUGGUUCAAGGAGACGCGACCAACACCUUCGUCUCCGAUCGCAUCGAGGUCGCUCUGCGAGACUCCACCAAGUACAUCGGGCUGAGGACGAAGGAGGACUUCCUGGGCUACCUGGGCCAGAGGUUCCGCGUCGUGCUGAUCCGAUCCCUGUACCUCCCCGACGACGUCUCCGACGUUGAGAUCGGGCAGAAGCUUCUUGACAACUACUUCUUCAUCCACCUCGACUCGGACGAGGACAAGUGGAACUGCCUUGUGGUCAUGAUGCAGAAGCUCUACGCCCUCGUGAGCGGAGCGAUCCAGCCCGACAGCCCGGACUCGCUGCACUGUCAGGAGGUCCUGCUGCCCGGGCACUUAAUGACGAUGAUGGUGAAGGAGAAGCUGCAAGACUACCUUGCAGGCAUACAGGACGUCUUCCUCAAGGACCAGCGGCCCGGCUCCUCCUUCGCCUCCCAGGUCAAUCUCGCCGACCAGAGCUACAUCGAGUCGCUGCUGAUGAGGAACCCGGUCGACAUCGGGAGGAAGAUCGAGUACUUCAUGUCGACGGGCAACCUAGUCUCUCAGACCGGGCUUGACCUCUCCCAAGUCUCCGGCUACACUAUCGUUGCCGAGCGCCUCAACUUCCUCCGAUACCUCUCUCACUUCCGCAGCAUCCACAGGGGUCAGUUCUUCACAACCAUGAAGUCCACCGCCGUCCGCAAGCUGCUGCCGGAGUCCUGGGGCUUCGUGUGCCCCGUUCACACUCCUGACGGAGGGCCCUGCGGGCUCCUCAACCACCUGACCUCCGUCUGCACUCUCCACUCUCACUUCGUCCCUCCUGCCGCCCUCAAGGCCGUCGAGGACGCGGUUCUCACCCUCGGAGCCUCCCCGGUCUCUGCCGGAGGGCUGCCGGUGGUGAUGGGGAGGGAGGCGCUGCCUAUCAUGCUGGACGGCAGGAUGAUAGGGCGAGUCGGAGCGCAGGAGGCUGUGCAGCUGGUAGGGAGGAUGCGGCUGCUCAAGGCGGAGGGGCUGCGGGGGAUACCCGAGUUCCUUGAGAUCGCACACGUUCCUCCCAGGACCAACGGGCUGUGGCCGGGCGUGUUCCUGUUCACCACCCCGGCGAGGAUGAUGCGGCCGGUGCGGCAGCUCUCGAGCGGGCAGCACGAGUGGAUCGGAACCUUUGAGCAGAUCCACAUGGAGAUCGCGGUGAUGGGGAAGGAGGUCCGGCCGAGGCAGCACACGCACAUGGAGUUGAGCCCCAUGAACAUGCUGUCGGUGGUGGCCCAGUGCACUCCCUUCUCGGACAUGAACCAGUCCCCCCGCAACAUGUACCAGUGCCAGAUGGGCAAGCAGACCAUGGGGACCCCCAUGUACGCCUACAAUGAGAGGGUGGACAACAAGGUCUACCGCAUCCUCACCCCGCAGGUGCCGCUCGUGCGGAACCAGGCGCAGGACAAUCUGAGGAUGGAUGACUACCCGACGGGGACGAACGCGGUGGUUGCCGUCAUCUCCUACACCGGGUUCGACAUGGAGGACGCCAUGAUCAUCAACAAGGGCGCCUACGACCGCGGCUUCGGCAACGGGCACGUGUACACCACUACCAUCGUUGACCUGACCAAGUCAGCUCCUCCCGGCAGCAGGUUUGAUAACCCCAAGGACGACUCGUACGUGGACCACUUGGACGGGGACGGGCUGCCGCAGGUUGGAAGCAUCCUGCAGCAGGGGCAGGAGCUCUACCGCUCCGUCGACCCUGCAACGGGGAGGAGUAAGUGCGUCAUGCACAAGAGCGCCGAGGCCGUGCAGGUGGACGCGGUGCGGCUGCUGGGGGACGGGCCCACGAAGCCGCUGCAGAAAAUCAGCAUCAAGCUGCGGUACGACAGGAGGCCCGUGAUCGGCGAUAAGUUCUCAUCCCGCCACGGGCAGAAGGGCGUGCUGAGCACGCUAUGGCCGCAGGAGAACAUGCCCUUCUCGGAGACCGGCAUGACGCCCGACGUGAUCAUCAACCCCAACGCCUUUCCCUCCCGCAUGACCAUCGGGAUGCUCGUCGAGAGCAUGGCAGGCAAGGCCGGGGCCAUGCACGGCUACUUCCCGGACUCGACGCCCUUCCGCUUCGACGAGGAGACGCGGGCGAUCGAUCACUUCGGGGAGCAGCUGCGAGCAGCAGGGUACAACUACCACGGGACGGAAGUGCUCUACAGCGGAGUGAGCGGAAUGAUGAUGGAGGCGCAGAUCUUCAUGGGCCUCGUCUACUAUCAGCGUCUGCGCCACAUGGUGUCGGACAAGUACCAGUGCCGAGCCACCGGGCCCGUCAACAAGUACACGCGGCAGCCGGUGAAGGGGAGGAAGGCCGGAGGAGGAGUGAGGUUCGGGGAAAUGGAGAGGGAUGGGCUGCUUGCUCACGGCGCGUCGUUCCUGCUGAGGCAACGAGGAAAGCAGCGGCUCUACUGCCACAAAUGCAAGACAGGAGCCUCCGUCUCCUGUGUCGCCGUUCCCUUCGUCUUCCGGUAUCUUCUUGCAGAGCUCGCAGCCAUGAACAUCAACGUCAGGUGCGAGUUGUAG